AUGUCGAGCAAAUUUCUUAUUUUGGACCCCAGAGAAAGCGGCAUUCUGCCCCGUCGCCGCCGCCAGCAAAACACAGUGAAGGCCCGGAGCUCGAAGAUCGUUAUGGCAGAGGCUCACGAACUCGACCGACAGCUUCAGGCAGAUCAGCUCACAGCUAGUGCCAGCAAAGAGACGUCUUCGCUUCUAGAUAUGGUUGUUAGCCAACUCCAAAAGCAAAAGCCAUCUUUAAGGUCGGUUUCCCCAAAGCAGUAUCGCCAACUUUCCAACCAGCUGAAAAAGGGCUACACCAAACAGCAGCUACAUUAUUAUCUCAAUUCACAGAAUUUGCAUGCGUCUCCUUCCGCACGCAAAUCCCAACUCAUUCAAAAAAUUCUGGAUGAAGUAUGGAAGCUGGAUAAGAACCUUGAGGAUGCUGCGGGAUCUGCUCUGGUUGAAAAAAAUAUUCUCCUCACUGACAGACUACUUUUUCUGUUAUCUAUUCAAAGCGGUCGGUUGAUUCGAACGUGGACACGCUCCGGUGCUCGAGUUUGGUUGUUACCGGGAGAACGAGAGCUUUUAGUUCGAGCCUCUCAAGAAACCUACAAUUGGAUUGUUGCCUCUUUGCACAACAUGGAGGAAAACUUGGCUGUGGAUCGUACAGACCUUACUCAUUUUCGGGCAUCAACUGAACUGGAUUGGAGCACUGUCGGCCUCAUCCAAAGACUGAGCGAGGUUUUCUUUGUGCUGGAAGAUGGUCUAGACAGUGAGUCGCUGAUCUCGUACGCCCAACAGAAACAAAAUAUUGAUCUGGCUCGCCAGCUUCUUGUAAAUAUGGUUCCUUUACCCAACUGGACAUCCAGAUCGUUCUUGUACGACAUUUCGCCCGAUAAUUUACAGAAAUGUCAGUUUUCCAAUUUUGGUGAUUCGGGGACCUUGGACUGGAACGAGCAGUUCAAACAAUGGUCACGAUGGGAAAAGGUCAAAUGCCGUGAGCCAAUCAAGCUAACGCCUUCUGUGCUGCGGCCGCUCAAUAAAAUAUCGUUUGGUGACGAAGUGGAAGAAUCUCAACUGUCUUCUGAAAAAGCUAUUGCUGAGACGAUGAGCUCCAAGCUACAACUCACUGGCCCAGAUAGCCUCAACACUAUCACAGCCACAUUUGGCUAUUUAUUGCAUCAAACAAAAGGCAACACGGUUCUACCUAACGUCUCUAUGCCCAAGACAUUCGCUACGAAUAUUCCUUUGGUGUCUAAAGUUAUUGGUGACCUUCCCUUGUAUGACGCGGAUGUCGCAGUGGGCGAAUCGGAUCCAGUCGAAGUGUCGGCCUCACCAGAAGUUCAGUCUAAACAGCAGGAUCUAUGGGAUUUAAUCCUUGGUGCUAAGGAUGACCAGGGUAAGACGUUCACAAGCAAACGCCAGGACCUUGCAACUAGUGCUGCGAACAUGCUGCAGAUCAAGCUUAUCCCUAACCCCUUCCAGGAGGGAGAGCUUCACCACAAGUACCCGCCUGUGGAGAUCUGGACAGAGGUUGGCUUCAAAUCUGUGCGGGCCGAAAACGCCAGAGCGGUUGGGGUGGCCAGGGAAGACGACAUCCUGGUCUCUCUACCCAAUGGCAUGUCUGACUUGAAAUUCUCGGUUACAAAUACCACAGACAUUGAGAUCAGCCCAUCGAUUGAAAAGUUUCUGCAUGCGUGUGCGGUCAGUCCCAGCGGUGCGGUAAGGUAUAUUCCAUCCACAGUGGACCUCGAGAUUGAUGGUGCGGUAGUCAACUAUCAUUUGCAUUCUGUUAACUCCCGCACCCAAAUAGAGCUCAACUACAAAGGAUCUAUGGUCCAGUUGGCACUGGUUGACGGUGGAAAAUUAAGUGGUCGACGGAUUGAUGCGACCCUAGUCCUUCACCAAGCUGCGGGCGAUGAACCGGUAUCGCCGGAGGAAUUGGAGCUAUUCGUCACGCGGUCGCUGCAGCUUGUUGGAGAUAUGGAUACUUCUAGCGAUUCUAUGGAUCCAAGUCUUGUAUUUAAUUUAUAA